AUGUAAAAUUAUUAUUAAUUGCCUUUAUCCCCAAGAUAGUUUGUUAGUCACAACAAUUGUAAUUUAAAUCAAUCUCCAAGGCAUUAUGCUUAAGUUCCAAUCUCGAUUGUACCAUAAUAGGCUUAAGUUGUUGAUUUAAAAUAGUAUGAAUAAAAAUGGAUGAAAAAAAUAUAACAAUUAGAGGAGGAAUUAUGUUAUAGUUAACAAAAGGCUUCAUAUUUAGAAAAAGAAUAUGAAGAUUUGGCUUCUGAAGCCUAAGGUUACAAGGAGGAAAUUAGAAAGUUAAAAUCAAACUUAUAUCAAUGUGAUAAAUUAGAUUUAAUGAAUCAAAUGAGUAGAACUUAAGAAAAUAACACUAUUAGUACAGCAUUGGAUUCAGAGAGAAGACUUGAUGAUAAAGAAGAUAAUUUGAAAGAUUAAAUUAUUGAAUUACAAAAAGUCAUCAUAAAACUAUAGAGAGAGUCAUCAUAAAACAAAAUAGAAGCCAUCAAAUGGAAGAAUAAAUAUAUUGAAAUUAAUAAAUUAUACAAUGAAUUAUUAAUAGAAAGACAAAAACCAUGA